AUGAAGUCAAUAGCUGAAUUAACAGGUUUAGAUUUAAAUGAUGAUCGUAAAUUAGUUAAUCAUUCAGUAAGAAGAACAGCUAUUCAAAUACUUAAAGAUAAUGAUGUACUUGAAGAUGAAAUUAUCAAAUUUUCUGGACGCAUGCCAAGAGAAGGU